UCCGGAUACGUCAUUCGGGGCUUCCGAGUUAUUAAGCUAGCUCUGCCUCAGUGUUCAUGUCGUUUGACAGUUUAAACGUCCCUUAGUUGCCGUUGGUAUGGACCAAAAGAGCCAAUGAAAACGCAAGUGGCUCCCAAAUUCGGCAAAAUGCUUGAAUAUUGAGACACAGUUGUCUGGAGCGUCGGUCGAACCGAGAGGCGGAAUGUCAACAACGCGGCCCCUCCUCGGAAUGAGACGAGUCACCGAGCUAACGUGCCCAGAGCAGCCGACCAGCAGGCUCUCUGCGUCAGCCGGGAGGCAGCAGCUAGAGACCCCCACCGUGGACGAGUUUACUGUACUAGAGGAUAAAGAAGAGGAGCUGAAAUGCGCCAAACCCCGAGUGGAGCAGGUUUUCAAAGUAACGUUCACCAUUAUUGGACUGUUAGACCACACGGCACAGCCGCACUGUGGCAAAACAUCACGGCAGAUAUGGCUGCAGCUCCGAGGAAACAGAGAGGACGUAUCAAAGGCAAAGGAAUAUGUCCGAGGACUCUGCGACCCUGAACUUCAGAAGGAAGAGCGGUACCCAGUAGACAUGCAUUGCAUCUUUGCUGGUGCCCGGGGCCUCUUCCUGGACAGACUUAUACGGGACACAAGUGCUGAAGUUUUGGUGCCCGAGCCAGGCCACCUGCGGCUGUUGGGUCAAGCUGAACCAGUUGUGAUGGCCCAGAGCAGAGUCCAGCAAUUUGUAGCGCUUUUCCAGGAGAAACGAAGUCUACCGAGUGAUAGAGAGCCAGCAGUGAAACGAGCAUUCAAAUCUUUUGUGGAGGAACGUGACGAUAAGUACACUAUGGAGCUUCUUCUACUGCCUAGUGCCCUGAAGGAAGAGUUACUGGGACUGGCUCAUAGCCCCACUACCACCAACACAUCCCCACUGGGUCAGAUCAACAAGACACUUCAUCCUAGCAUGGCAGAGGUCGACCAGGACCGCUCAAAAAGCAGUACUCCUGUUACAGAGCUCUCCAACCGAAUCCUGGACACUAGCUUUGAGGACAGAGGAGCCAGUGCAGCAUCCAUGGGUGGAGGAGGAAAAGCAGGAGGAGCAUUGGGCUCAAGCUCUGAAGCAGUCCUGCUAAAUGGUACUCGGCCCUCGCACAAACGGCGCUCAUCUGAGAGUGAGACUCGGGACACAAAGAGACAGUACUCUCUGGAACGAAGGGACGAGUCGCCCGAGCGGGCAAGAGAGAGGGAGCGACAGAGGGACAGAGAGGGACGAGGCAGCAGCAGCAGCUGUAGAUCCAAAACUCCCGCAGCUUCUUCAUCCUUCUCUUCUUCAGCGAAAGCAAACACUGUCGGUCCCAUCACACUGGACUCUGGUGAAGGAGUGUCAGAUGAUGGGGAGGCAGUCAGCCCAGAAACUAACCUACGCUGUUUGGUCAAUUUCUUCAGAACUAUGGGUUAUCAGCAGGAAGUGGUGGAGCAUGUUCUUAAGGAGACAGGACAAACAGAAGAUACCUUCCUUCUUCUGGAGAAAAUUGUUGAAGAAACAAAACGCUGUGAAAAAGAGGGGUCAAAAGAGAAGGAAAAGGAAAGAAGAUUGAACUCCUUGUGCUCCCCGGACACUCCCUUCUCCACCUCCUUGUCGUCAUCAUCCACCACUACAGUCGCACGGUGCAAGGAGACCAGAACUCAUAAGAGGAGCUUGAGUGCUCAAGGUGGAAUCGGAAGCUACGAGAUCAUUACCAUCGACGAUGACGACGUCGUCACCACAAAUGCCAAAACGGCAGAUAGUAGGACAUCCCGCAUGACGACAGCACCACACCUUGACAUCCAGUCAGGAUCCAGAGCUGACUAUUUGGCGCGAGGAGGAGCCAGCGUGUCACAGAGAGACUUUCUGGCAAGGGGUGGGACUCAGACUUUGGGAGGAUCGGUGAAAGUUGAGAGUGUGACAGCGCUGCGGAGCACGCCUCAGUGGCUGACUGCCACCACCACCUCUUUAGCUUCAAACCCCAGCGCUGCUCAGCCUAUCAGCCGGCCCUCUGCCUCAGCGUAUCAAACAAUCAGCCACAUGGGCCUACACGGGGUUGGAGCAAGGACUCCACCCACAAACGACCCCCCAGUACCCCCUGUUACCGGAUUAGCUCGUUUCCAUCAGUCACUGAGGACACCUUACACUCUGAAGCUGCCAAACGAGCCAGGACGUCCGGACCUCAGACACAUCAUCAUAGAUGGCAGCAAUGUGGCGAUGUCCCAUGGCCUUCAUCGGUUUUUCUCCUGUCGAGGAAUUGCUCUGGCUGUGGAGACAUUUUGGAAGCGGGGCCACAGGGAGAUCACAGUAUUUGUUCCUCAGUGGCGUCAGAAGAGAGAUCGGCUCACAACAGAGCAACAUUUUCUAAAUCAGCUAGAAGACCUGAGACUGCUCUCCUUCACCCCAUCAAGAGAGGUCUGUGGCCAGAGGAUAUGCUCACAUGAUGACAGGUUCCUGCUCCACCUUGCAGAAAAAACAGAUGGGAUCAUUGUAACCAACGACAAUCUGAAGGACUUUGUCAACACCUCGGAGACCUGGCGCAGGAUCAUUCAAGAAAGGCUGCUGCAGUUCACUUUUGUGGAGGAUCACUUCAUGAUCCCUGACGACCCUCUGGGGAAGAACGGACCUCAUUUAGACACCUUUCUGCUCAAAGAGAACAAGAGGGCUCCCCUCACUCCACCCCCUCUAAGACCUCCAGACCUGCGUCCCUCCUCCCACCAGCAGCAGCCAGUUUACGUCCAGGCUGUCCACUCGCGGACCCAGGCCUCAACACCAUGGCCCCCGCCCUCUCUGAACACCCACUCCACCACACACUGGCCCCACUCUGGUCCACCUGAAUGGCACCCACCCCGUCGUUCCCCUUCCCCCUCACCCUCCCCUCCUCCGCAGCGCUCACCAGGUGAGACAUCGGAGCUGAAGAGAAAGCUGUACGACAUCUUUCCCGACCAGAAGCAGCGGAUCGACCGGAUCCUGAGUGACAACCCGUACAUGAGAGACCUGAACGCCUUGUCAGGGCUGCUGCUGGGAUAAAAGAUGGAGGACACAGUAUAUAAAGAACACACAUUGAAGAAGAUACAUGUACAUUUCAGCAGAAAGAUUAUUUAUUUUACCAUUUUGUCCAGCCUUGAGGACGGCGGUGUGUCCGUGGAUAUUAUUUAACACAAAGACUGAUCACCAAAUUAGCUGCUUUUGGCGAAGAGUAUUUUUUGAAUGACUUUUUUUGGUUGCUUCCUCUCCUGUUGUGCUUUCACAUUGGUUAAGUUGAACAACACUGGUGUUUAAAGAAGUAAAAUGCAAGCAACACUCAACAUUUGCCAAGCAGCAUCAUUUGUUUCAACCCGAUGGUAAUAAACCUUACAGCCCAGAGGUUUUCAAUGGGGGACCACUGGAAGAAAAUGUUUUGGACCAAGCACAGGAAACUUGGUUCCACAGUGGGUUGCUUCUUCACAACUCUGUUUACCAUCAGACUCACAGCAUCUCUGAACACACAAACUCUGAACUUUUAUUGGUACACUUUGGGACAUUGAAAGUUUUGCAUGUUCAUUUUUCAACACGAUAGUAACACAGUUGUUAUCUUCAGGAACAGACGCGAGUCUGUGAGGUGGUGGCAGACUGUUAAAGUCAACAUCAGUGAGCAGUUUCAGCAGUUUGGAGUUGAUCUGCAUCAACAAGAAGUACAGAGAACCUCUGAGAAUUUUUACAUGCAGUUUGAAAAAGUGAAACUACUGUUUUAGUCUGACUAAAACUGGACCUUUAAAAUCCAUGUAAGCAUGUAAGUCCAACUGGAAUUAUAUCAAACUUGUUCAAGUCAGACUAGAACACUUAGGCUGGACACGUACUAGAUAAUUUUAACCCUUUUUUGCAAUCCUCACAUGCUUCUUCAGUUUUUGCUGCAGCUGUAUCACAAGCCAGGACAGCCAAGCAAGGGUUUCAAUAAUCUUCCAUGUUUGUUUUUCUUCUAAAGUCAAGUUUGAUAACUCAAGUUUCUGUGAGAUCUUGUGUGUGUGGGGAAUCUUUACUGUUAAAUCAUAACUACAGACAGCAGGUUUCACCAGCUGGCCAUCGUCUAGCAUGUACAUUCACAGGACUGGAAAAUGAAAAAUGAUUUGAAAUGGUCCUUGAUGUUUGGCGUCCCAUGUUUUUGAAAUCAUUUACGAUUUGAAAAUCAUCUAGUAUGUGGCCAGCCUUAGAUAAUGCACAUGGAGAUUGAUUUAUUCUUGAUUGUAUACACUUCAAUCAAAUCAGACUGGACUAGCCAUUCUGCACAUGCUCCACAGUAAGCUAGAGGUUUAGGGUACAUCUCAUUUAUACCAAAACUGAUAGAGCUGUAAAGGUUGUCCAUGUUUUAACACUGAAGCUGCUUUCUAACUUGUUAGCAAGGUCAACUGUAACAAGUCGAAAGAGGGCACAUCUCCACCCACUGUCACAGAGGCAGACAAGCUCCAUUAAUAAAUCAAUUCUCUACCUGUGCAGGUAUCCUGGGACAAGGACAAAAGUCCAGUUAAACAUCCUAACAGAAUUAAAAUAGCUCAUAUUUCUAUGCAUGUAAAAUUACUGACAGUUUCUUUCACAAGGUAUUUUAAAUCACCAUCAGAAGGUGUUUUUAUGGACAAAAUGUCCAAAAGAUGUUUUGUUUUGUUUUGUUUUGUUUUUUAAUCUGAGGCACAGUUUAAACUGCUCUUGAGACAAAUACCUAACCAAAUUAAAGAAACCAUGAGUAGGGAUAAUGUUAUGAAGCUGGACAGAGGGGCACCUAUAGAAAUAUUCAGUUUUCCCAUUGUAGCUCUCUGUGUGUAAAUAUUCUGGCUAUAUUUAUCUCACUUAGAAACAUUUCUCUCAUUCAAGCAUCCCUGCUCCUCUGUCCCUUCAAAAUGUUACCUGUAUUUCAUGGUCUUCACUUGUAAAAAUUGCCUGUCUGAAUUCAGAUGAGGCAUCCUUUCACUAUCACUUCUGUAUGAAAACAUAAAGAUCUGAAUCAA